AUGGCAAAGCAAGUUGUAGAUGAGCCCGGCCCUUCGCGACCGCCGCUUCGAACUGUUCGCAACGCCCGCAAUUCCAAACACGAUGUCCCGUGUGGGGAGAACUGUCUUAUCUAUCCCAAGGGAAAAUUCGACAACACCCCUCCCGGUAUCAUGGGGAAACUAGCUCAGUAUCUGGAAGUAGAUCUUAAAACCCGACCGUCAAAGCGAAAUGUCUGGGUAGAAAGAAUGGGCAAGAGGAAGCGCGGCGGCCGACACAAGGAAUGCGACCGCCCGAAUCGGUUCUAUCCUAUCGAUGAAGCUACCGCAGAGGAGAACCUAACUGCUGUUGAUGCAGAGAAUGUGACGGAUGGUGAUAAUGGGGGAGUUGAAGACAAUGGAGAGAACAGGGUUGUUCCUAUCCUACUCUUCCCGGCGGUACGCUGA